GAGGCAGAUACAGAGCGAGGCAGGAAACAGGACAGAGACAGACCAACAGAAAAAGAAGCAGAGCAGAGUGAAGAGAGGGGGAGGCAGAGCAGCAGUGUCAGUAUCUCCCUCGCUGCCUACAGGCUGUGUGGCUGCAUGCUUUCUACCAGUGAAAAUUCCAUCUUGAAAGGAUUCACCAGCGUGCCGUAAGAUCCUUAAAUGAUGGGCUACUAAGCUAAACCUCAGCAAGUCAGACUUAUCACCUGUGGGCACUACGCUACCUGUGGGGAUUGAGAUUACAAAAGCUCUACAGAAAAGGAAAGAACACCGACAGACCCAAGGAUCACUGAGGAAUGGUCUUUGUCUAGAGGAUUAAAUCUGGAAUGUGACAGAGGAAGGACACAGAGAGGGACGACGAUGUUGACAGAGGGACAUGACACUAUCCUCUGCUUCAAUACAUUCUUUUCUUGUAGUCUGUGAAGGAUGAAGCAGGACUACAGAAGCUGUGGAUUUCCAAGAGUAGCAGGCCCAGUGUCUUUGAGUGGCAUCUAAGGAUUCUGUAUGACCUAUAUCUGGGUCUCUGACCCUUGGUGCAUCUCCAUCCCUCUCUUGGAACAAAGGGAGUUGAAUGUGUUAAGUGGGUCAGACCCAGAGGAACAACUCCUUUUCUUUGUAAACAUUUCUCUGUUUUCUCCCUUUACUAUUCUGUGGAAUCUGAAUCACCAGCCUGUUAGUGGUCUGAUAUAACGUGCUAUGGACCAUAUCACGACCUUCACCAUCUCCACAGAGAUAAAAAGACAAGUGUGAAAGACAUCCAAUACCUGAGACGUGGGGAGUCGUGGAGAGAGGAGGAUUGUUCUGGCAUUGGCAAAAUUUUCAGGCGAGGAUGACACUGAUGGCAACAGUUCAAGCACAACGGACAAUGACAAGACAGAGCUUCGCAUGAAAGAAAGCAUUGAUCUUAGUGCACCGCACUGAUGCUGCAAACCACAUGCCCCCCAACAAGGGGUGGGUGUGUGUUGCUUUCUGUGUUUCACAAACAGAGUUUUCUCUUGGCUUGAGUGCAACCAGCACACACAAAGCUAAAGCUCACAGAAUACUUUUCAAACUCCUUUAAAUUUCCGUCUGUUCAGAGAGGGAAUGCUACAAAUCAAAUGGCUGAAGUGACGAGCGAGCUCGUCAAGUCUGAAUAUGGUGGGGUGGUCUGACGUGCUCCAGCAAGUUCCUUGUGGCUACUUCGACUGCUGCUGAGCUGGAGAGGACAGUGCUGGGAGGAAGUACUGGCCUCUUCCUCCCAUCAGGAUAAUGCACACAUCCCCAGUGCUGAUCUCUGCAGCCACAAUGAGCAACAUGACGGUGCUUGACACUGCUGACCCCUAUGACCUUGACAUGACCUCCUCUGAGGCCAUCUACCCUAUCAGCUUCCAGGUUUCUCUGACAAGCUUCCUGCUUUUGGAGAUAGUUUUGGGCUUGAGCUCCAAUCUCACUGUGCUGGUCCUCUACUGUAUGAAACAGAACCUCAUCAGCUCCGUCUCCAACAUCAUCACCAUGAACCUACAUGUAGUGGAUGUGUUGGUGUGUGUAUGCUGCAUUCCGCUGACAGCUGUGGUUGUGCUACUGCCGUUGGAGGUGGACACAGCCAUGAUCUGCUGUUUCCAUGAGGCUUGUGUCUCAUUUGCAAGCGUAGCUACUGCUGCGAACGUCCUGGCCAUCACUGUGGACCGCUAUGACAUCUCAGUAAGGCCAGCGAACCGUGUGCUUACAAUGGGCCGAGCCGUGGCUCUGCUGGGAUCCAUUUGGGCUUUAUCCUUUUUUAGUUUCUUGGUUCCAUUCAUGGAAGUAGGUUUCUUCAUCAGCUCUGGUUCAGAUCUUGUGAACCAGACAGCGGUGAUAACAGUGGCUCAUACAAAUGAGUACUACACAGAGCUGGGUCUGUACUAUCACCUGCUAGCACAGAUUCCUAUAUUUUUCUUCACAGCUGUGGUAAUGCUGGUGACUUACUACAAGAUUCUUCAGGCGCUUAACAUUCGCAUUGGAACACGCUUUCAGCACAACUUACCUAAAAAGAAGCAAAAGAGCAAAAACACUAUCUCACUGGGUGCAGCAACGCAGGCAGAGUCGACUGAUGCUUCGCAGAGCAGCACAGGAGUGAGGGCAGGUGGAAAUGCGCCUUUGGGGAUGCGGGCAUCAGUGUCUGUCAUUAUUGCGCUAAGACGAGCAAUGAAGCGUCAUCGGGAGAGAAGGGAGAGACAGAAAAGAGUCUUCAGGAUGUCUCUUCUCAUCAUCUCCACAUUCCUCCUUUGCUGGACUCCAAUAACUGUGCUCAACACCAUCAUCCUCAGCACCGGGCCCAGUGACUUGACUGUCCGCCUCCGUUUGGGUUUCCUGGUGAUGGCCUAUGGAACCACCAUCUUUCACCCACUUCUCUAUGCUUUCACUCGGCAGAAGUUUCAAAAGGUUUUGAAGAGCAAGAUGAAGAAGAGGGUGGUGUCUGUAGUUGAAGCAGACCCCACACCAAACAAUGUGGUCAUCCAUAAUUCAUGGAUUGACCCCAGGAGAAAUAAGAAGGUCACAUUCGAAGACACGGAAGCCAGGCAGAAAUGUCUGUGCUCACAGGAUGCAGAGUGACUUGAUUAAAGUGUAAAUAUGUCAAAUAUGUAGUCUAUGCUACAGUGAAGUCAGAAACACUCUUGAAACUAGUGUUUCUAAGAGAGAUCAUGGAAUAUUGUUUAUGCAAUUAAAAACAUGGAAAGUCCCCCACAAGCUCAGAGGAAGUGUGUUCAUAAAACAAAGUAUGUAAAUCUUGGGGAGCUUACUAAAGCAAUGCAAAAAGAAAAGGAAAUGUUUGUCAAGAACAAAGAAAUUAACAGAUAAAGAAGAGGGGUUUCCUUGGUACACACCUUCCACGUAAAAGGGAAACUACCAGCAGCUGAACACGUAUGAGUUCAAGGACUGAACUUAAAAAUUCCUUUUCCUCAGUGCAAAAAAAGUCUCAAAUUAGGUAUCAUAGACACAUGAAGAGGGUAAUUUAUUACUAUUUAUUGUAGAGCGUUGUAGAGUGCUACCAAGGACAAUUCAGACAUAACUCUGUAUCUAAGCAGUAGUGUGUGUUGUUUUCUGGUUAAUGUAAUACUAUAUAAGACAAAUGUCUAUGUACAGUCAUAAAAUACCUUGAUAUUGUUUGUCAGCAUUUGUAAUAAACAACCAAAGGCACAACAGUUGUCGGUAUCCCUCUGCUCUGCUGCUCCUCCAAGUGAAACUGGAUACAAGGGCAGUGCACAUUAGACAAGUGGAGGUCAAAAUUUGAUCAGUAAAAUUUCAUUUGUUUCAUUUUCUUCAGAAGUAACUUUGAUCCAUUUUCUGUUUACAUGUGGUGAAGAAAUGAAGCUCAGCUUUUAAAUCUAUUCUUCACACAGUUUUUUCUUUUGAAAAUGAUGAAUUAUUGGAAAGUAGGGGAAAUAAUCCAAACACCAGCGCCCUCAAUGGAUUUUAGUUUCCUAUUCUGACAUGAAAAUAAGAAAAUGAAAAAUAAUAAAUUUUUGAUUUUCUAUGUUGACAGGAAAAUCAAAAAAUGAAAAACAGGGCUUUCUUAAAGUAUAGACUUACCACCUAAUACAAAGCUUUCUCUGACACACAAAAAAAAAAACAUUUACAGAAACAGGCUUCUUAUGCAGUUUUGGUUUUCCACGUUAAAAUGUUCUUGUAGUAGUAAACAUAAAAAAGAGCUGCAAUCUGCCACAGAACUGACGUUUUAGUGUAGUUAAAGUUGGUUCAUCUGCUGGACACCUUUUCACAAGUUUGUCCUUCACAGUUCAUCAACACAGCUGCCAUAGUUAGCAGGUGAACAGCAGGGAGGGGCAUUCAUUUUAUCGGCCUGUACAGGACAUCAGAAAACACGCCUGUACGCAGCCUCUUCAUGUUUAAUGAGCUGUCAUUAAACAGGAAGAGGCGCCAUUUGGUGGCAGGUAACGUACCAAAUCUAAAAUGCAUUUUCUCAUAUGCACAUCCCUUAUUUUCUGCCGUAUCACACAAUGUAAUCUUAAUUAAUGAAAUUAUAAACAGGAUUUAAUCAAUCAUAAAUAAUCAUUAAUACUCCCACUGGUAAUAAUACUUAUUCUCACAGCAGGAAUUUUUUUUCCUCUUCAUAAAAAUAAUAAUCCUUCUGGGAGAACAAGAAGUUCAUAAAAAAGCUGUAUUUGUAUAACACUUAAUGUAUUUCACUACAGCACCAUGGCAUAAGCAUAUACAGAGUUAAUGUUCAGAAGUUAUAAUGCCCCAUUUAUGUUGUAGAGUCGUUAGCAAAAUAGCCAUUGCGCUUCAUUUUCCUACACUAAGCCAUAGUACACAUGAAGAUGAGAGUUGUUGCCCCCUUUUGUCACACAAGUAGGAAUACCCAUAAGACAGAAUUUCUGUCGGGAGAAAACAAAGGCAACACACUGAGACUGAGGUAUACUGCAGUGCAAAGACAAAGGCUGGACAGAAACGCCUAACCAUGUAUUCAAUGUCUGUGUAUAUGCAGAAUAUCAAGUAAAGGAAGAAAAUAAUAA